CCGGGGCUUCAUGUAAAAGAAGAGAUAGACUUAGACAAAUAGAACAUGAGAGGCUUCUAGAAAGUUUGGAAAGUGGGGAGAUUGUAAGUGGCAAGGGGAAAAAUCAAGAAGUUAGUUUGAAAAGGCCAGGAGAUACUCGUUGGGGAUCACAUUACAUUACUAUUAUUCGCUUGAUGUCUAUGUGGAGUUCCGUAUUAAAAGCUCUUGAGAAUGUGUAUGAGGAUGGUGCUAAUGAAGAGCGAGGAAUAGCUUCAAGUUUAAUUGAUAAGAUGGAGAAUUAUGAAUUUGUAUUUGUGAUGCACUUGAUGAUAUAUCUACUUGGAAUCACAAAUGAAUUGUCUCUUGCCUUGCAACAAAAAGAUCAAAAUAUUGUCUUGGCUAUUCAUUUGAUUAGUACAAUGAAGGCCCAGUUACAAGAAUUUCGAGAUAAUGGAUGGGAUAAUCUCUUCAAGGAAGUGAAUCUUUUUUGUGAAAAUCAAAAGAUUCCAUUAUCUAAUAUGGAAGAACAUGUGAAAGUUCGUGGUCGUAGUAGGCGAAAUGGAGAGACAAUUUCGAAUUUGAUCCACUUUCGUGGGGGAAUAUUUUGUGAGGUAUAAUUAUUUUACAUCUUCUUUUAUUAUAAAUUGAUAAUAAUACUUUUGCUCAAUAAUGUUGUCUUUAUGGUGUGAUAGGUUCUUGAUAAGAUGAUUUCAGAGAUGAGCAAUCGUUUUCCUGAAGCAAGUACGGAGUUGUUGAGUUGUAUUGCAUGUCUUGAUCCAAGAAACUCUUUUUGUCAUUUUGACAUUGACAAAUUACUCCGCAUGGCUGAACUUUAUCCGGAGGACUUUUCAUGUACUGAUCGUGUUUUACUCAAGCAACAACUUCAGACUUAUAUUCAUACCGUCCGGGAUCAUGAUCAAUUUUCUACGGUUGAUGAUUUAGGAUGUCUUGCCAAGCAAAUGGUUCAAACUGGAAUGAACAAGGUUUUUUCAUUGGUAUACCAUCUUAUUGAGUUAGCUUUGGUUUUACCGGUUGCAACUGCUUCAGUAGAAAGAGUCUUCUCUGCUAUGAAAAUUAUAAGACUGAUUUGCGCAAUAGGAUGAGAGAUGAAUGGAUGAAUGAUAACUUGGUUGUAUAUAUCGAGAAAGAGAUUUUUGCAACCAUUGAAAAUUAAGUAAUUUUGCAACGCUUUCAACAGAUGCGAACUCGCAGGACACAAUUAUCUCCCAUAAUUUCCCAGAGUACUUAGUUUUGGACUUAUAUGUAAACAUUAAGCUUUAGGACACUUAAUUUAGACAAUCAUAUGUGUUUUUUUCCUAAAUUUAUUAUGAUGUAUUUAUUUGAUACAUUCCUCGGCACCUGCUCGAAAAAAGUUCUGGUUCCGCCGCUGCCGCCCACCCCACCAACCCAGCCGUAUCGUACCCUAACCCGCCUCUCCAACCUCCACAAACCCCUUUCUAGCCCCUGGAUUGCCAUUCCUCUAACCAUCUGCUCCGCCAAAAGCCUAGUUGAUAAGAUCAAUAACCUUAAUAGCAGCGGGUGGGACGGCACCGACAAAGGUUGCGGGUGAGAAGAAAGGUGGGGAUGAUGAGAGACAUUUUGGAGGCGGUGAGGAGAGGCGUCGGCGGAGAGGCAGCAGCGAGUGGGAGGUAAAGAGAGGCUUCGUCAGCGGUGAGGAGAGGCGGUGAUUAGGCGGCAGUAGAGAAGAUGUUGUGAUGGCUCUUGUGAGGUGAAGUGCCGAAAUGAAGCGAAGGCUAUGGUGGCUCAUGUGGCUUGUGAGAAAUAGAUCAUAGGCAAAAAUGAAGUUUUGAAAUUAGGGCUAAGUGAGAAAUCAAAAGGUUACUAGUAAUAUUAAGUAGGGGUGGGCACGGUCCGGACGGUCCGGUAAAUUGGUAAAAUCCGUAAUGUAUCCG